AAUGAACAAUAAGCUAUGUCUUUUGCUCAUAUCUCCUCUAAAAGAGAAAUCUGGCAAUUGUACAACUAUUUAUCGCAUUUCAGAAGGUUUAAGAAGACGAAAUUGCAUAUGCUAUGUUAAAGAUGGAUCUUCAUUCUCAUCAAAAGAAAAUCUAAUCGAAUUCUUGAAUAAAAAUUCGAUCUCAUUUAUUUUAGCUUUACAUGCUUUUAAAUCUGGUAAAUUUUUAAGAAAUAUUACUUUUCCUUAUUGUAUAAUAUUCGGUGGAACGGACUUAUUAGAGGGAGAAAAAGCUUUUGAAGUUGAUGAAGUUAUAUACCAAAGUAAAUUUUGCGUUGCUUUUACCGAUUUUAUGAAAAGAAAAGCUCUAAAAUUAUGGCCAAAUUUAGAUGAAAGUAGUAUACACACUAUACCUCAAGCUGUUGACGCAACACAUGACAAGUUUUUUGACUUGAAAACCUACUUAAACAAAGUUAAAAGUAUACAAGUUAAUAAAGAUUCAAAAAUCUUCUUAAUUGUUGGCGGAGUAAGAAGAAUAAAAGAUCAGACUUUUAUCGUUAAUUCUUUUGACGAGUUACGCAACGAAUACCCUGAGUGCUUACUCGUCAUCCUUGGACCAAUAAUCGAAGAACAAUACCGAAAAGAGUUCAAAGACUGUCUGAGGUGUAAAGAUUAUGUAAUACACGUCGAAGGCUUUACAAAUGAAGAAACGAAGAGUGCUAUAAAACAAUCUUUCGCUUUGGUUAACACUUCAAAAAGUGAAGGAAUGGCCAGUGCAAUUUUAGAAGCUUUUGCUCUGGGGACACCUGUCCUGGCCAGAAAUAUUGACUCAAACAGAUAUCUGUUAAGAAUGAAUAAUAAUAACGACAGUGGACUAUUGUAUGAUACACCUCAUGAAUUUGUUGAGUGUGCCCGCCUUUUAAUUAGAGAAGAUAAAUUAAGGGACAGAAUUGUGGCUUGUGCUCGGUCACAAAUUAAAAUUUUUCAUAUGCAAGAUGACGAAGCUUUAUCCUAUAUUGAUUAUUUACAAUCCUACAUGUAA